UCUCCGAGCACAACAGAAGACCGACUUCUGAAGACUGAACCCUGACAUAACUGAUGUGAUAUUUCGAGGCAAAACAACCCUCACUGCAUUUGAUACCAGCGUCGACCCGUGCGUAAUUACGAGUUUAUAUAUAGAUAUAUAUAUAUAAAAGAAAUCAAACAAUGAGUGCCACAACAGCAAUGGAAGUCAACAUCGAAGCCAGGCGGAUACUGGCCGUGUCGAUCAGUAAGCUGUACGCCUCUCGGACUCAGAGAGGGGGACUGAGACUUCACCGGAGCCUCCUGCUGUCCCUGGUCAUGAAGUCUGCCCGGGACAUCUACCACUCCUCCCGGGAGAGCGAGGCGCCGAGCGCAGGGCUGCCAGCUCCGGAGGAGCCGAUGGACACCAGCUCCAGCCCGGUGCUUCCGGAGCCUCAGCCGGAGCCCCUGUCGGACAGAAACUCGGCAGAGACCGCCGCAGAGGAGCUGGACAGUAAGGUAGAUGACUACGAUGAUGAUUUUGACAUCAUCGAAGAAAAGGAGAACCUGAGCCCGACAAGGCAGUCCAGGAAACGCCGGGGCAAAGCGUCGGCGGCGCCCGACUUCCUUCCCAGCAAGAGGGCGAGGUUGGAGCCCGGGGAGGAAAGGCAUGCGGCUCCGUUGGCCAGCUGUCGCGUCGGGGCCGGAGAGUCCCUGGCCACUUUGUCUCUGAAUCAAGUCAUACCUGCCUUCUGAAAACACGGCUUUCUGAAAAAAAGAGACAAAACAGCCUCUUGUUGGACAGUUUAAAAUGAUCGUCAACUCCGUGUCAGCACCGAGAUGACCUCCACCAGGUCCCGGGACGGAGGGACUGCAGAAGGAGUUGUCGGCCAAACUCGCCUGGACCUGCCGGGGCAGGUAAAAGCCCCGAAGCAAGACGGAGAAAGAGAAUGAGGAAGGAGGCCAGAGGGCUGGAAAGUUUGAGGAAGAAACUGAAGGGGAAGUUGUGGAUGCCUCUCGUUUCCCUAUGACUCAUCUUCAGUUUACUGACUCCAAAACAAGCGGCAGCUGCUGAGUCAGACCGUGUGUUUGUGAAUCAGCAGCAGCAGCAGGGUGCUCGUCAGAAGCCGCUGACCACACACAGGUCGACCCGUGCAGAAACUCAGAGGCCAGGCCUGAGUUUCAGGGAAGUUUUUUAUGACGGGAAAGCCACCGCGAACACUGAAAGAGGAAGGACAGCCGCGGCCCAUUCAGCCGCUCUGGUGGACUUUGGGAAAUCAAUACUACUGCUGCCGGACUGUCCUACAUCCUGCACUCACGUGGUGCUCCAACAAACGGGCUCGCGCACGUCGGACAUCAAAAACACGACCCCGUUUGGACAUUGUUUCAUUUUUUAUUUAUUUUUUUUUUACUGUGAUUCAUCUUGUUCAUGUCUGACCUCACAUGUCAAGCUGCUUCUUAAUUCUGUGAUGAGAUGAAUGUUUAUGUUUCGCAAUAAACUUGUCGAAAGACCAAACAGUC